AUGGAGUCUCCGGGGACCGUGAGCGCUGCGGUGUGGAAACACCUGCGCCAGCUGAGCCUGCGGGAGUUCCCGUGCGGCCGGGGCAGCUGGAACAGGUCUCGCUUCCUGCCUCAAACGCAGAGAAGCUGGCGGGAGCUGGUCCCCAGGGAGGAGGAGCCGGGGAGCACCGAGGAGGAGCCGGUGGAUGCCUUGCUGGACCUGGUCCGCAGCCCGCAUUCCCCCUGGGCUCUGCUGCAGGACUCCAGCAAGGAGGACGCCUUCCUGAGGGAGCUGGCCAUCCGGGACCCGCUCAAGAUCACCGACGCCUUCUUCUACUCCUACUUUCGGUGCCUGCGUGUGGUGGACAAGGAGGUGAGCCUAGUGGACAGAGGUCUCCUCAAGUUCCUGAACCUGGAGGAGCUGGUGCUGAGUGCCAACCGGAUCAAGGUGGUCGAUGCCGCCAACCUGCCCCCGACACUCAAGGUCCUGGAGCUCUAUGGCAAUGAGGUCAGCAGCAUGCAGUGUCUGUGCGACCACCCUCCUCCGGGCCUCCAGCAUCUGGGCUUGGGCCACAACAAGCUGCAGGGUCCCUUGGAGAGUCUCUAUGUGACCGCCGACCACUGGCCCAACCUGGUGUCGCUGGACCUGAGCUUCAACAACCUGACGGACCUGCAGAGCAUGCUGGGCGCCGUGCGGAGCCUGCGGCAGCUGCGACUGCUGCUCCUGCAGGGGAACCCGCUGGGGCUGGUGCCCUACUACCGCGGCCUCGCCGUGGACAGCCUGCCACACCUCUGCGUCCUCGACGACAUCACCGUGUCUCCCAACGAGAAGCACCAGUUCCGGGGGCUCAGUGUCCAUGCGGACCUCUUAGCCCACGAGGCGCAGCUGGUGGUGACUAUCGGGAACCUCCAGGGGGUGCUGGACGCCUCCGUCUUGGACCCUGAGACGGGGCCAGAAGGGCCUUUUGUCUCCUACACUUACUACGUGACUUAUGACUUCCUGGAGCAGGAGGACCCUGAAGCCAAUGUGUAUCGCGGGGCGCUGGCCGGGGUGCGUGGACCAGGGAUCGGGUACUGCGGGGCGCUGGCCGAGGUGCCUGGGAGCGCUGGCCGGGGUGCCACCGAGGACUUCCUGGAAGAGGAGCUUGAGGAGGCCGAGGGGUCUCUGGAGUCGGUGGCGCUGACUGGGUCCCCCGAGCUGGAGGGCUCUGCGUCCGCAGCAGGUUCAACUGACCUGCGGCGCUCUGCGGGCUUGGCCGAGGAGCUGGCCAAGCUGCGUCCACGCAUUGACCCGCGCCUCUGUCCGUCCCCAGGGACAGUCCUCUUCAGCACGGUUCCCAAGCCCUGGAGUGACGUCAUCACCUGCAACUACGAGAUGCUUCACACACUACGCGACCUGGUGGCACUCAAGGCCUUCCUGCUGUCGGGGACCACGGUCACCAUCGUACAGGAGAAGAUUCUGUCCUGGCCGCUGGUUGCACCUCAAGGGGGGAGUACUUCGCCAGGCAAGAAAGGCAAGCCGGGAAAAGAGACAAAAGACCCACAGAAUCAGAAGGGGUCCAAGAAGAAGAAGGAGAUUCCCAAGGAGCUCCAGCAUGACCCCCCCAUCCUGAAGGUGCUGGGAAGCACCCUGGUCUCUCUGGAGGCCCUGCUGGCCGGCGAGGCUGUGGUGUCCACUGUCUGUAACUUUGGGGUGAUCCGCACCGUUGAGACAGACUUGCUGACAUUUGCCAGGGAUGCCAAGAGGAAGAAGAAGAAGAAAGUGGCCAAGAAAGGUGAGAACCAGGGCGUGUCGCUGCUGAGCGAGGGUGACCAGCAGCCCGAUCCGCUGACGGUGGAGGUGCAGAUCCAGCUGAGCCAGUGCCGCACGGCCGAGGAGGCCAUCAGGGCCUACUCCGUGUAG